CAAGCCACAUUGAUUGGGUUCUCAUCCAUUUCAGGUCCUGUCCCCGGUCCCCUGGUGUCAUUCCAGAACAUGGUCAAGGAAAUCAAACGGCCACUGUCUGACUGCCAGCUCCACCAUCAUGUAAUCCGGCUUCUCUAUAUAAACUUGGGAAUGUUCCCCUCUCCUGUGCCACCCAGAAGAAGACAUCACCUUCCUUGCUUCUACAAGCCUGUCACUCUUUCCAGGCCGUCGUUCUUUGACAUUUCUCACUAGACUUUCAUUCUCUUGAAUAUUUUCUUUUUGUUUUCCCUCAUAUUUUCUGUGCUUUGAGAGCCCAACAUGCAUUACAAGCUGCUUUUUGCUGCUGCCGCAGCAUCCUUGGCCAGCGCUGUCAGUGCCGCCGGUGUUGUUGGUGCCGCCGAGGGUUUCGCCCAUGGUGUCACUGGCGGUGGCAGCGCUUCCCCCGUCUAUCCCACGACUACUGAUGAGCUGGUCUCUUACCUCGGAGAUAACGAGCCCCGGGUGAUCAUCCUGGAUAGAACCUUCGACUUCACCGGCACUGAGGGUACUGAAACUACCACCGGAUGUGCCCCCUGGGGAACUGCUUCCCAAUGCCAGGUGGCCAUCAACCUGCACAGCUGGUGUGACAACUACCAGGCCAGCGCCCCCAAGGUAUCCGUGACUUAUGAUAAGGCGGGUAUCCUCCCCAUUACGGUCAACUCCAACAAGAGUAUCGUUGGUCAGGGCACCAAGGGAGUCAUCAAGGGCAAGGGUCUCCGUGUGGUCAGCGGUGCCAAGAACGUCAUCAUCCAGAACAUUGCCGUUACCGACAUCAACCCCAAGUAUGUCUGGGGUGGUGAUGCCAUUACUGUCGAUGACUCUGAUCUGGUCUGGAUCGACCAUGUGACCACUGCUCGCAUUGGUCGCCAGCACAUCGUUCUGGGAACCAGCGCCGACAACCGCGUCACCAUCUCCUACUCCCUCAUCGACGGUCGCUCCGACUACUCUGCCACCUGCAACGGCCACCACUACUGGGGCGUGUACCUGGACGGCAGCAACGACAUGGUGACCCUUAAGGGCAACUACUUCUACAACCUGAGCGGCCGCAUGCCCAAGGUUCAGGGUAACACUCUGCUGCACGCCGUGAACAACCUCUUCCACAACUUUGACGGUCACGCCUUCGAGAUCGGCACUGGUGGCUACGUCCUGGCCGAGGGUAACGUCUUCCAGGACGUUAACACUGUGGUGGAGACGCCCAUCAGCGGCCAGCUCUUCAGCUCCCCCGAUGCCAACACCAACCAGCAGUGCGCUUCCGUCUUCGGUCGUUCCUGCCAGCUCAACGCCUUCGGCAACUCCGGCUCGAUGUCCGGAUCGGACACCAGCAUCAUCAGCAAGUUCGCUGGCAAGACCAUUGCUGCGGCUCACCCCCCGGGUAACAUUGCCCAGUGGACAAUGAAGAACGCUGGCCAGGGCAAAUAAGGUUUCACAGCAGAACAAUUCUGUGAAGGAGGCCGGCCAAAGCCCAGAU